ACGUACUCUGAGGAAUUGGAAAAACUAGCUGACAACUGGGCGUCGCGCUGUAGAUAUGAUUAUCCUGAUACGGAACCAGGAUACGAGAACACUGGAAUGUAUAAAAUUGUUUCAGUGGAUCGAAAACCCAGUUACGAGGAGAUGGGUCGGUUUGCACUGGAGGCAUCAAGCAAAUACAAUUUUCAUACAAACGAUGAUUGGAAUUAUAGGCUGAACACUGUUUUUUUGAGAAGUGACCAAGUUCGUGGUGGAAUGCCAUAUGAAUAUGGAGCGAUAUGCAGCAUGUGCCCUGCGAAUUUCAAAUGCCACCGCAAUCAGUGCACCAAAAUGCUGCCCCCUGCACCCCAGGACCAACUGAUACCAACCACCACUUCUGCUUCCACAACCACCAACGCCGUUGCCACUCUUCAAGCUGCGAUGCUUUCAAUUUCCUACUUCCUCUAA